CUUCACUUUUCUGUUAUAGAAUGGGUGCAACAGGAGCCCAGAAAUAUUACAUCCCGUAGCAAUAGACUGUCAAUAUAUUAUUGUUAUUCUUUAACGUGAGCAAAGCAGCAUCUUGGAUUGACUGGAACUGAAAGGUUUCAUGGGAAAGUUCACCAUGUUAACCCUGGCCACUUGGCUCCUGUUAGUGACAGGACUGCAGGUCGGCCUCUCCCAGGAAUAUAAUGAAGACAGAGAGCCAUCGAUAAAACCCAAGAGCAAACUCUUUGCAUCUAAUUCAGCCCAGAAACAUAAUGGCCAGGCUAUAUUAGAUGAAGACUGUGGCCUGGAACUUUCCUUUCUGCUAGACAGCUCAGAAAAUGCAAAAGACAACUAUGAACAGGAAAAAUCCUUUGCCAUGCAGGUCGCAGAACGACUUCCAAGGCUUCGUUUAAAAUCAGGCCGGGGACUGAGUUGGAAAGUCGGUUUGCUCCAGUACAGCAGCCAUGUGAUCAUCGAGCAGACUUUCAGAGAAUGGAGAGGAGUCGAGAACUUCAAGGCUCGUAUUGCUCCCAUCUCCUACAUUGGACAUGGCACGUACACCACCUACGCCAUCACCAACCUCACCCAGAUCUACUUAAACGAGGCCCAUGAGAGAAGUGUCAAGAUUGCCGUGCUUUUGAGCGAUGGUGUCUUCCACCCAAGGAAUCCAGACAUCUUCUCAGCGAUAGCAAAUGCAAAGAACCAAGGUGUUAGAUUCUUCAUUGUUGGCAUCACAAGAGUUGCAAAUGAACCACCCAACAUUGCAAAACUGCGUUUGCUGGCCAGCUCACCUGCAUCUCGGUUCCUCCUCAACCUGCAAGAUGCUGGGAUCGUUGACAAAAUUGUCCGAGAGAUGACAGAAAUUGCAGAGGAAGGGUGCCCGCUGGAUCAGAAAUGUGCUUGCGAUAAGGGGGAGAGAGGACUUCCCGGCUCACCUGGCAAAAAAGGUCGACCAGGUGAUGAUGGCUCCCCAGGACAAAAAGGCCAGAAGGGUGAAUCAGGACUGAGUGGUCUUCCAGGAAGAGAAGGAUCUGAGGGAAAGCCAGGUUACAAAGGAGAAAAGGGUGAAAGGGGAGAAUGUGGCACUCCUGGAAUUAAAGGUGACAGGGGUCCUGAAGGGCCAUCUGGUGGAAGAGGAGUAAGAGGUCUGCAGGGACCCCCAGGUCCAGUUGGAGAUGCUGGUCCCGAAGGACAACAGGGAAAGAAGGGUGAAAGGGGUCCUUCUGGUCCACCCGGAAUUCAAGGAGAGACAGGAAUUGGACUUCUUGGUCCCAAGGGUGAUGUUGGCUCACAAGGAAGACCUGGUCCACCAGGACCACCUGGAAUCGGAGAGCCGGGAGUACAGGGACCUCAGGGGCCACAGGGUAUCCCAGGAGAGAGGGGACAACAGGGGGAAGGACUUCCAGGGCCCAAGGGAGACCGUGGAUUCGAAGGACCCAGAGGCCCCCGAGGACCACCAGGAGUUGGAAUCAAAGGUGAAAAGGGUGAGUUUGGACCUCCAGGUUUACCAGGACCUCUUGGCCUGCCAGGCAUUGGGAUUCAAGGUGAAAAGGGUAUAGAAGGACCAAGGGGCCCACCUGGCCCAAGAGGAACACAAGGAGAAGGAUUCCCUGGACCAAAGGGAGACCAGGGUUUGCCGGGAGAACACGGAGCUCCAGGAGAGAGGGGUGUAGGCGAACCAGGAACAAAGGGGGAACCCGGAUCACCAGGGCUAGCUGGAUUACCAGGUCUACCAGGAGAAGAUGGAGCUCCAGGACAAAAGGGUGAACCCGGAGUUGUGGGCAUCAGAGGACCCGAGGGGACUCCUGGAGUUGGUCUUCAAGGAGAAAAGGGCGAUCAAGGACAGAGGGGAAUUCGUGGGCUGCCUGGACCCCCAGGAGUUGCCGGACCAGUGGGAGCGAAGGGAGAACCAGGAGUACCAGGACGUCUUGGCUUGCCAGGUCCAGCGGGUCGUGCCAUAACAGGACCAAAGGGAGAUCCGGGUCCUGUAGGACCAGCAGGACCAGUAGGGGAGACGGGACAAGGACUUCCUGGGCCAAAGGGGGAACGUGGUAACCCUGGACCACCUGGACCCUUUGGCCCCAAAGGUGAUGGAUACCCAGGCCCACCAGGUCCUCCUGGGCUUACAGGACUACCAGGAGAUACAGGACCUGAAGGCAUUGGGCUUCCAGGACCCAAGGGUGAUAUUGGUGUCAGAGGAUUACCAGGCCUUCCAGGCCCACCAGGUGAAGGACUUCCAGGACCAAAGGGGAAUGUGGGGCGAACAGGAUCCCUGGGCCCACCAGGUCUACCAGGAGAAGGCAUUCAAGGUCCAAAGGGUGAACAUGGAGCUCAAGGCGUCACUGGGCCAAGAGGACCCCCAGGGGAAGGCUUGUCUGGGGCAAAGGGUGACCGUGGCUCUCAAGGAGAGAAAGGAAAAAAAGGCGAGAAAGGAGAACUUGGUGAUUCUGGAUUCCCCGGAGAGUCGGGCAGACCCGGACCCAAAGGUGAACCUGGACUCACUAGAGAAGACAUUAUUAAGCUUAUUAAAGAGAUAUGCGGCUGUGGCAUCAAAUGCAAAGAAAGGCCCAUGGAACUUGUAUUUGUUAUUGACAGCUCUGAAAGUGUUGGACCAGAAAACUUUGAGAUAAUCAAGGACUUUGUGACGGCCCUGGUUGAUCGAGUUACAGUUGGCCAAAAUGCAACCAGAAUAGGUCUCAUACUCUACAGCCUGGAUGUCCAUUUGGAAUUUAACCUUGCACGAUACAUGACCAAGCAAGAUAUCAAGCAAGCCAUCCGAAAAAUGCUGUACAUGGGCGAAGGAACCUACACUGGAACUGCUAUCCGCAAAGCCACCCAAGAAGGCUUUUACAGUGCCCGGCCUGGUGUGAGAAAAGUGGCGAUCGUCAUCACAGACGGACAAACUGACAAAAGAGAACCUGUGAAGCUGGACAUAGCGGUUCGAGAGGCCCACGCUGCUAAUAUUGAAAUGUACGCCCUUGGGAUUGUGAACACCACCGACCCAACCCAGGCAGAGUUUUUGCGGGAGCUCAAUUUGAUUGCUUCAGACCCAGACAGCGAACACAUGUACCUCAUUGAUGACUUCAAUACUCUGCCAGCACUGGAAUCCAAACUUGUCAGCCAGUUCUGUGAGGAUGAGAAUGGAGCAUUGGUCUACAAUCGCCUGAUGAAUGGAUUUGGGAGUAAUGGAGGCGCUUCACAUUCAUCUUCCCAUCACAAUGAAAUCCACAGUAGCUCGAGGACAUCCAGUCACAGCCACACCCAUGUGUCAAGUGGAAGGGAUGUCGAACGAGAAGUGACUGUGGUUAAGGUGGUCCCAGCACCUGUGAGCCCAUCUGUGACCGUCAACAUCGAAAAGCCGCCUGAACGUAACAUACAGAUAAAAGAAGAGGAUGACUAUGAUGACUAUGAUGAUGAAGCAGAUCUGCUUUCCAGUGCUUCAGUGAAUUCAAAAAGCAACACCAUCACCAUUAUCAACAGGCCUCAGCCUGAAACUGCUGUACAGCCUGUGAUUUCAUCCAGGGAGUCAUCAUCAUCUUCAUCAACAGUUGUAAAUUCAGGCUCUUCAUCUUCUGUGAAGGUUGUGUCUGUAGUGAAACCCGCAUUGCCAAGAGAAUUUUUAACCGCUGAUCCCAAAUGCGGCUUGAUUUUGGACCAAGGAGCUUGCAGAGACUACAUUAUCAGGUGGUACUACGACAAACAGGCCAACGCUUGUGCACAGUUUUGGUAUGGAGGCUGUGGCGGAAAUUCCAAUCGUUUUGACACUGAAGAGGAAUGUAAAAACACAUGCGUCCUGACACGGAUAGGAAACUAACAUCAGCCCUGAAAAUACGAACAGAAGUACGCUGAACGACUCAUAGACCACCAUUUUUUUCUGUUAGUUAAAAAAAAAAAAAAGUUGAUUCUGCGUGGAGUUCACUAGUGCUGUGUGGCGUGUGUUACGCCUUCCAGUUGCAUUGUGGGUCUUUUAACGUUCACACUGCACUCUGCCUAGACAGAAAUAUCUCAGGGGUUACUUUAAAAGUAAUAAUGUAAUAUAUUUUGGGUUCAAGCCCUGUUUUUUUGUAAUUCACAUCCUAAUAAGUAAUCAGUGCCUUUUUAUUACUUCUAAGAACUACACAAGGAAAAAAAAUUCCACACUAUAUGGUGACUCGUUUUAUUUUUUUUUUCCUUACAUUUAUCAGUCUGAAAUGUAACCAGCAGCAACAAAGGUGGGAUAAGAGCGACAACUCGAGGGGAUUCAUUCUGUGCCGCUAAAGAAAUACAAUUACUGUGGAGGAGAAAUAAGUAUUAUAUUAUAUUAUAUUAUAUUAUAUUAUAUUAUAUUAUUAACACUGAUGAUUAUCACACUCUAAUAAGUCCUGUAGGUGGUUCACAUUUUUAAAGGUAAUAUUCUGGUGGAUUUGUGCUGUUAAUCCAAAGGAAUAAUUAUAAUAAUUAUAAUAAUAAUAUAUUUUAUUUAUAUAGUGCUCAAGGUGCAUUUGUACAAAAUGGAUGAAUGCCUAGACCAGCGUCCCCCAUUCAAAUCACUGAAAUGAAUCCAAACCCACCGCAGCCUGCCCCCCCAAUUCUGUAAACUUGUAUACAAGCUGUCCUUUGUACAUGUUGAUUGUUGUGUUUUGUGUACUUUGUUAUGGUAGUUUUUCUACCUCAAUUUUGAUAAAUAAAUGACAUUGAUUUUUAA